GGCCACUUGUUAGAGCAUUCUUGGGCGGAUUGUUGCAGCUUUCAGCAACCUAAUACGCAUUGUGCUGUGUGGUUUUUUUUUUUGGUCCUUUUUUUCACUUCCAUGUGACAGGAGUGUAACACAAAGCUUCACUGUGUCGGACCCACACGCUGCAGAGCUCUAUUCAGAAGUUUGCACAAAGUGCGUCAACAUGGUGACGGACACCUUACCUGAGGGCUUCACGGACUUCGACAUGUAUGUGUUCGGCUCGCUGCUCCUCCUCGGCGGGGUGCUGGGGUUCGUCCUCAACGGCGUCACCGUCGCCAGCUUCCUGUGUGUCCGGGAGAACAGGAACCCCAGCAGCUUCCUGGUAGUCAACCUGGCCUUGGCCGACAUGAUCCUCAACGUGAACGGAUUCUUGGCCGGCUACGCCACCUACCUCAGACAUUGGCCUUUUGGCCAGCAAGGAUGCGUCUAUCAUGGCUUCCAUGGCAUGAUAUCGGUCCUGGCAUCCGUCAGCUUCAUGGCAGCAAUCGCCUGGGACCGCUAUCACCAGUACUGCACCAGACAAAAGCUCUUCUGGAGCACCACCAUGGUGAUCACCGCCUUCAUCUGGGUCAUGGCUGUCUUCUGGGCCUCCAUGCCCCUCCUGGGCUGGGGGGUGUACGACUUUGAGCCCAUGAGAACCUGCUGCACCUUGGACUACACCAGAGGGGACUGGAACUACAUCUCCUACAUGCUCACCCUGAUGAUUCUUUACAUGACCUUCCCCACCUACAUCUUUCUGACCUGCUACGACGCCAUCAACAGACAGUUCAAGAGGGUCCAUCACCACAGGUUCAACACCGAUAUACCAUUCAGGGUCAUGUGGGUCUGCUGGGGCCCCUACAUCGUAGUCUGUCUCUACGCCUGCCUUUUUGACCCUGAGUACAUUCAUCCAAGGAUAAGAAUGAUGUUUCCCGUCAUGGCUAAGAUGAACCCCAUCUGCAACGUGGUACUCUACUCCUAUGGAAACGAGUUCUUCCGAGGAGGGGUGUGGUACUACCUCACCGGGCAGAGGGUGGCAGAGCCGACUCCGCAGAAGUCCAAAUAGUUUUUUGGAUGAGUUUUGUUCUGUACAGUUGACGUGAUACUCAACUUCUCUUUAGUGAGUGGACUGUUUACAGAAAUGUUGUUGAUUAAAAGGCGUUGGAAUUGAAUUGCAAUUUUUAACUGCACAAUGCAUCAAUAAAUGGAAUAUACAUUC